AUGACUGUGAACACAGCGCUCAUUGACCAAGCUUUUGCCUCUAAUUCUUCCUUGAGGAAAAGAGUCUACGACGCAAUCGGCACGUUAAUCUGCUGCUCCGCCGGCUUGUUCGAGGACAUCGCCCAGUACCACCUAACCCAUCAACCUUCCAAUGGGGUGAACGACAUUGAACCAGCCUCCAAGAAGCGCAAGCUUGCCAAUGGCUCUCUUCCCAUCGCCUCCAACUCGGCCUCUGCACCUCGAGAAGUCAUACUCGAAGCACGCGAUCUGUCCUUCUCCCUUCCUCAGCGCAAGAAGCUACACUUGGGUGUGGCACAAUAUGGCACGGACAUCAAUGCCGCAUCGACAAAGUUUGUAAUCUAUACCCGCAACCCCGCGAGCAAUGAAGUCGAUAUGGAAGUUCCUCUUGACCAAUUCGCCUACGCGCUGAAGCUGCCAGUGCCUGAAAAAGCAGCAAAGCAAUACAACUAUGUCUUGCUCCCAAGGUCGGAUGCGAAGGAUUCGGAACCCAUAAUAUGGGCGGUCAACCACGGUCCUCUGAAGUCCUGUCACAUCUCCAAUGACACACUUGCAAAGCUUGCGUCCGACCCAGACACGGCACUCGAUGCCGCACUGGACUUUGUCUUGAAGAAAGUUGGAAUUCAACUCACGUUGCCCUCCGCUGACGAAUUCGCGAGCGCUAAGCCCGAGUCACACCGCAAGAACGAUCAGGCAUACCAUGUCAAGGCGUUCAGGGGGUCCAAAGAUGGAUUUCUGUUCUUCUUGCACAACGGAAUAUUCUUCGGCUUCAAGAAGCCGCUUUCAUUCUUCGCGUUCGAGGACAUUGUAUCAAUAUCAUAUACGAGCGUGUUGCAGCGCACGUUCAACCUGAACAUAGCCUAUGGAGGCGCAGACGAUGGCGAUGCCCAACAGGAAGUCGAGUUCUCCAUGCUGGACCAGGCUGACUUCCCGGGUAUUGACGCUUACAUCAAACGCCAUGGGCUCCAGGAUGCUUCUCUGGCAGAGUCACGGAGGGCACAGAAGAUCAAGGCGCCCGGUGCGGCAGGAAAAGCUGCAGUUGCAGGCGAUGAGGCGGAUAGUGACGAGAACGAUACGAGGACCGAGUUGGAAAAGGCACAGCAGCAAUUAGAAGACGAAGAAGACGAGGAAGAAGAAGAUUAUGAUCCUGGCAGUGACGGCGAGAGUGAAGGAAGUGGAGACAGCGACGAGGAUGACGACGAGGAGUAUGAGCGCGAAAGACGAAAGUUGAAAGGAAAAAACCUAGUAGCUGAAGAGCUAGGAAGCGAGGCAGAGGAUGUUAGUGUGACUGAAGAAGAAGAUGAAGGGGAGAGAGAGGGAGAGGGAGCAGAAGGUGAAGGUAAAGAUGAAGAUGAAGAUGAAGACAUGGAGGAGCAAGAGGAAGAGGUUGCCGAUGAAGAAGUCCAAGAGAUCGAGCAAGAUAAGCAAGGGUUUGAAAUCGGUCAACACGUCAGGGCUCACGGAUUCAGCGCCGUGGCCCCUGCCGCACAUAACGGUAUGUGGGAUGGUAUGCCGGAUCCAGAAGACGAUGACCAGUUGUGA